UAACGCCCAACCUGUAGCACCUCACUCCCCGACCAAAUCUCUCCCCAAAAUUCUCCGUCCAAUGGCCACCCAAAUCACCUUCGCCGACCAACUCCAGCUCCGAUGCCUUCUAUUAUAACCAUCACAAACUCCGAACAUAUGUCUACCUCCAUCGAUUCCUACGCUCCGUUCUUUCUCCAAAACGAAAGUCUUCCAAUCAAUUUCCAAAUAUGCCUCUUAAAAGGAUUCAACGAUUAUGUCAGCUACCUUCCCUAUCUAUAGAGCCAAUUAUCGACUCAAAUCACAAUUUUCUAAUCAAAAUACAGCCACAGUAAGAAAGAAGCAACUGCGGAACCUCGGGCAUCUGUUUCAGAACUUCGGGUGGGAUACUUUCAGGUUUUGUAGAUGCCUCCCAGCUGGGGGCGGAUCAAAUCGGAGUUUCCCUUGUGCUCCUAUUGUGGGUUUGAGAGAUUUAGCAACCAUCCAAAACUCAAGUUAAAUGCAAUGCAGAUUAUCUCAUGUUAUAUUUAUAUUCUCAUUAUGUUGCAGAUUGGGUUCAAAUAUCUCAUCGACAGAAGCCAUGACAUUCUUUAAUUUAAGCUUUCAAGCGGGGACACGAUGCUUCAUACGGAAGAAUGUUAAAUGCAAUGCGAUUUGCUAUCACAGGAGACACAAAUUCAUGACCUUCGUGGUCCUAAAUGCCUCUUGGCUGGUGGCAGUCUCAGUAGCGGGCUGCAACAGGUUAAAGUGUUUAUUGAAGAGGAUUACUUAGCCAACUGGAUUCAGGUUUUUGUCAUAUUCUUUAUCAGUUUUUUUUUUUUUGGCUACAGCAGUUAUGCCCGAUUUUAUUUUGUAACACUGCGUUGCUGCUUGAUGUUUUGGUGUAGUGCACAGGCAUUGUUUAAUUCUUUGCCACCUGAUGAUUAUAUCAAUGGAGUUUUGGUUCUGGGAGGAGAUGGUCGGUAUUUUAAUUGUGAAGCUGCGCAGGUUGGAUAAGUUCCGGUUUCUGAGCCAUCAGAGGGUUUUGCUGUUUUUGGUUUGCUAAGUUUGUUGUCAUAAUGUUAUCCCUCUAUCUCACAAUUUAUAUUGUUUUCAAUGCAGUGUAACAACAUUGUUCCCUCUAUCUCACAAUUUAUAUUGUUAUUUGUGAACUAUACUAAAACAAUUAAGAAUAAUUUAUACAUUAUAAUAUGAAUUAUUUUUUGGAAUGGAGAGCGGGUACUAUUUAUUGCAACA